AUGAUAAUAAGACUGUUGUGUGUUGAAGCCAAGAUCUUCUUCAGUGCUGUCUCCAACCGGCUGUGCACCUUCCUCUCAAAGAACAGGUUUAUCGACACAUCAGUUCAGAAAGGGGGAAUUGCAGGAAUGCCUGGAUGCUUGGAACAUACAGGUGUGGUGACGCAGCUCAUCAGAGAGGCCAGAGAGAACAAGGGCAAUCUUUCAGUGCUCUGGCUUGAUCUGGCAAAUGCAUAUGGCUCAAUACCACACAAGCUUGUGCAGCUCACUCUGACAAAACAUCACGUCCCCAGCAGAGUUAGAGACCUCAUCGCUGACUAUUACAACAACUUCAGGAUGAGAACCUCUUUAGGAGCAGUGACAUCAGGCUGGCACAAGAUCGAGAUCGGAAUUAUCACGGGCUGUACCAUCUCCGUAAUUCUGUUCUCUCUGGCCAUAAAUAUGCUCACAAAGUCUGCUGAACCAGAGUGUAGAGGGCCCAAGACGAAGUCAGCUCAACGCCAGCCACCAAUAAGAGCAUUUAUGGAUGACCUCACAGUCACCACAGAGUCAGUCCCAGGCUGCCGGUGGAUUCUAAAGGGUCUCGAAAAGCUAAUGGAGUGGGCACGGAUGUGUUUCAAACCAGCCAAGUCAAGAUCAAUGGUGCUGAGAAGAGGAAAGGUGGAUGACAAGUCCCGGUUCAGCGUCGCAGGGGUAACAAUCCCAACCGUCACUGAGGAGCCUGUUAAGAGCUUAGGCAAGGUGUUUGACAGCACCCUGAGGGACGCAGCAUCCGUCCGAUCAACCUGCACUGAGCUGGACGGAUGGCUGAAGUCAGUGGACCGGUCUGGAUUGCCAGGGAAGUUCAAAGCUUGGCUAUACCAGCAUGGCAUUCUUCCCAGGAUCCUGUGGCCACUCCUCAUCUAUGAAGUGCCAAUCUCGACUGUGGAAACCUUAGAGAGGAAGGUCAGCAGCCACCUUAGAAAAUGGCUGGGGCUUCCAAAAAGUCUAAGCAGCAUCGCACUCUAUGGGCAUCGCAACAAACUGCAACUGCCACUCAAGUCCUUGGAAGAGGAGUUCAAGGUAACGAGAGCCAGGGAAGUGUUGCAAUAUAGAGACUCAAGCGAUCCAAAGGUGGCAAAGGCUGGGAUUGAAGUGAGGACUGGUCGGAAGUGGAAGGCUGAGGGGGCUGUUCGACAAGCAGAGGCAAGAUUACAUCACAACAGGCUGGUGGGAGUGGUAACAAGAGGCAGGGCUGGACUGGGUUCCUUUUCAACUCCCCACAUUGACACCACCAAAGGGAAGGAAAGGCGCCGCCUAGUCCAGGAGGAGGUAAGAGCAGUGGUAGAGGAGGAGAGAACCUGCAGGACAGUGGGAAUGAGGCAACAGGGUGCCUGGAUACGAUGGGAGAAUGCGAUCGAGAGGAAGGUGACAUGGGCGGAGUUGUGGAAGGCAGAGCCACAGCGGAUCAAGUUUCUCGUCCAGGCGGUAUAUGAUGUGCUUCCCAGCCCAUCAAACCUUCACAUAUGGGGCAAAGUGGAGUCACCAGCAUGUACACUGUGCUCCAAGCGUGGAACCCUAGAGCACAUUCUGAGCAGCUGCUCAAAGGCACUGGGAGAGGGAAGGUACAGGUGGAGACAUGACCAGGUGCUGAAGGCCAUUGCUGAAGCCAUUGCCGCAGGAGUUGAGUGGGCCAAACGUUCCCGCCCCUCCAGGCAAGCCAUUACCUUUAUUAGAGCUGGAGAGCAACCAAGACCAGCUGCAAAAACAUCUGCAGGCAUCCUGGCCACUGCGAGAGACUGGCAGCUGUUGGUGGACCUGGAGCAGCAACUCAAGUUCCCCAACCACAUUGUGACCACCACCUUAAGACCAGAUGUUGUUCUCUUGUCUGAAUCCACCAAACAAGUGGUUCUGUUGGAGCUAACAGUCCCUUGGGAAGACCGUUUGGAAGAGGCCUUUGAAAGGAAGCUUGCCAAGUAUGAGGGACUGGUUAGCGAGUGUCGACAAGCCGGAUGGAGAGCAAGGUGUCUCCCAAUAGAGGUUGGAAGCAGGGGCUUUGCAGCCCGAUCACUGUUCAGAGCCUUCAGCGUGUUAGGCAUCGAUGGAGUGAGAAGGAGAAGAGCCAUCCACAAUACCACCGAAGCGGCAGAAAAAGCCUCAAGAUGGCUAUGGCUAAAGAGAGAAGAUCCUUGGGGGCAGAGUAGCUAGAUUCGCCAACUGGACACAAGCUGGGGUCUGAUCAGCCUCAGCUGGGUCGCCUGGAGGAGGGUGUAUGAUGUUGAAAGACCCAAAACACCCAAUGAUUCCAGGAACAUCACUGAAGAUGUGUCCAGUAG